AUGGCGUGGGAUACGUUUUCGCAGCAGCAGGUUGGUCAUUUAUGGCGGUUAGCUACUCAUUGCGCAGAAGAGAAUCCAAGCUUAACAAAGUUUUACUUGAGCGAGAUUAGUUCAUUGUCUAGGGGGGACUCAUCUCGGUCAUUUGCGAUGAAAUAUUGCAAACAUUGUUUGCAGUUGUUCACAGCUGAAAAUUGUACUGUGAGAACGCUGCCAAAACGCCGAAAUAAGAAAAAACAAAUACAGGAAAACAAGACAAAUGACAAGAAGGAAGGUAGCCACAAGAAAAGCAAAGCAUCCAAAGUUUCUCGAAAGCUGAAUCGUACAACUGUGUUUUGCAAAACUUGUGGCAAACAUUACUUUCACACAGGCGUAAGAUCAAACACAGGUUCACGUGGAUUGUCAACUACACCACAAAUAACAUGGAACGGUGUGGAUCUUAAUUCUAUGCCUAGUGCAGCAGAAAGAAAAAAACUAAAGAAGCAAAGACAGAAGGCUAAAAGGUUAAAGGGGAGGCUGGAACUAGAAGAACAACAGUCAGGUGAAAUAUGUAAUUAUUCACUAGGUGAGAGCACAGGUCCACGUGGAUUGUCAACUACACCACAAAUAACGUGGAACAGUGUGGAUCUUAAUUCUAUGCCAAGUGCAGCAGAAAGAAAGAAACUAAAGAAGCAAAGACAGAAGGCUAAAAGGUUAAAGGGGAGGCUGGAACUACAAGAACAACAGUCAGGUGAAAUAUGUAAUUAUUCACUUGGUGAGAGCUUACAUGCAACGAUGUUGGAUACACCACAGGAAGCCACUGUUGAUUAUUCACUUGGUGAGAGCUCACAUGCAACGAUGUCGGAUACACCACAGGAAGCCACUGUUGACUUAAGUAACUUAACACGAAAGAAAAGAAGGAGGCUAAGAAACAGAGCUAAAAUCUUACAGGGCAGAUUGCAAGUCAGAGAGCAACAAUCAGAUGGAAUGUCUAAUCCACUCAACGAGGACUUAUCAGUGUUGAGUGCACCGAAUGCACAGAUUAACAGUGUGAACCAUCCACAGAACAACACAGUGGGCCAUGUUGAAUUUACACAAAGUUUAGGUACAACACAGGGCAACCAUCUGCAGAACAUUGUGCACCAUCCACUGGGCAACACUGUGAGCCAUGAUGAAUUAACACAAUCUGUAGGUUCAACCCAGAGCAACAGUAUGAACCAUCAACAGAGCAGCAAUGUUGGCUAUCCACAGAACAACACUGUGGAUUAUGGCAAAUUAAUGCAAAAGUUUGGUACAGCAUGGAGUAACAGUGUGAACCAACCACAGAACAUCUCUGUGUACAAUAAAGAAUUCAUGCAAAUGUUAGGCACAACACAGAGCAACAGCAUGGAUGAUGUUUCUACUCCUGGUGUAUUUUUAUCACGACUGAAAAGAAGGAAACUAAAACGAAAGGCCAACAGGCUAAAGGAAAUUUUGCUUGCAAAGGAACAACAAAACUCAAAGCCAACUGAGACGGGCCCUCGACUGCAGGAUUUCUUAUCAAGCUUAUAG